GUUUCGGUUGGUUCAUAGUCAAUUAGUUUUGCUGUAAUUUUUUUGCCCUUCGGAAAAGUGAUUUUUCAAGCACACUACGACAUUAGAUCGUCAAAAGUGGGUAUUGAACCCAAAGCUAUCACCAACUCAAUAUUGUCAAAAUAUGGGAAAUUUUACGAGGAAAAACUUUACCGAAGACAACAUGGCUCUAAAAAAACGUGAUUUCAAGUUAUUCGUGAUUUACUGUGAAAUUAAAAGAUUAGUUUUUAUGUUUUCUUACACUUAGAUGUUUUUGUGCCGUAUCACAUAGUUAUAAAUCGAACUAAACCUAACUUUUAAGAAUUGUAAAGCAAACAAAUAACAAUAAUAAUUAGGAUCAAAACUUAGGAACUAGGCAACACAAAAAUCAAAUAAAAUUAGGAUGAUAAGUAUCUAACAACUGAAGCUUUUGAAGAAUUGAUUUGAUGUUUGCGGUUUUCUGCUACAACCAUUAGCAGCUGAUGUUUUUCUUGGUCUGUUCUAGGACCAAAUUCAUUAUAUUCUCCUGCUACUCCAAGGGCUCGUUCUGCAGGAUCGUUGAUGACUUUCAAGCUUUCACAUUUCGAUUUGGCAUCAAGAUAAUCUUUUCUUAAGAUCCAGGCCUUAGGAUCGUUCUCGUUCAAGAAACUGCUAUCAAGCCGCAGUAUAUCGAAAAAUUGUAGUGACUUUUGCGUAACGUAAUCUUCUAACUUUUUCGCUGGUGAAAAUUUUUUCACUCUCGAAAUAUCGUUUUUACUGCUUUUCUUUUUUAGCCUUUGUACCAUCUUUCUCUUCGAAUUAUCAUCAACGUUAUCAUCGAAAAACGCCAGGCUAAUAUUGAGCUCCGACAGAUACCAUAAAUGUUUUUCAAAUUUUUGCGACGUUGAUUUGCUCAGUUCUUUGUCAGGGUAGUUUUUCAAGCAAUGCACGAACUUCAAAUCGUUCAACGACGCAUUCGUGGCAAUUGGAGCUUCGUACCACCCUUUUAUGUAAACCUUAACCACAAAAAGUACGAAUCUCAGAAGUUGAUUGCAAUCCACAAUAAACUGCUCUCGGAACAGAAACAUUUUUAGACCGUAGAUGGCUUUGGCCAUCCAUCUCGCAUGGUGUAGUGCACCAGGACGACGAAAUACAACUGGAUCGCUAUCUACGACGCACAUUAAUGAAAACUCGAGGAGCUCUGCGUAGUCCUCGCGUGCGAAUGGUUGCAGCAACAUUUUCUUGCAAAAAGCAACGAUGUUUGCCUUUUCUUCCUCACUAAUUGUACCUUUAAGAAACGAAGAAUUGUUGUACUUUUUUAUCUAAAACACUCAAUUUAUUCCUACCUUCAGCGAAACCAGCGUAACUAUCCUUGUCCAAUCUGUCCCAUUCACUUCGGAAAGAUUUAAACAAAGAGUCGUCUGGAGAAGUCGUUGUUUGCUUGAAACACGUUUUGUAUGCCGCCAUUAAAACCAAUUCAUAUACGUGAUGUCUACACGGAAAAUCCAGCAACUUCCUUCCGAGCAAUCUUUCCAGGUUAACAGCAGCUCCAUUCUUCUUUCCAGAGUUCACACUAGUUGUGUCGAAGCAUUUACCACCGAUUUUGUCAAGUAAAUUCCAUCUUUCCAAGCUUUGGAAAACUGUCUCUGCUACCGUUUUCCCUGUCCCAGAGCUGAUAAACGAUGUACUGAUAAUUUGCUCAAGAGAAUCAGUUCCAGUAACCACAACCGCUAGCUUUUCGGUCUUCCUUCUGUUAAAGAUCAUCUGCUUGGAGUCAAAGUGAACGACUAGAGCUUUGUUUCUUUGGAAGUUCUCUUGGAUAUUACCAACAAUUUCUUGACGCGCCUAGAGCAUUGAAUAAUAAUGUAAAGUAUAAUAUUUUAAAUUAUAGAUUAGGCUACAAACCGCUUUGCGCUUUCUGUGAAUAGUUGAUUUACUUAAAUUAAACUUUUUUGGGUCAAGACCAUAAGCAACCGCUGUGGCUGCUAAUACUCCAACUGCUUCUCGAUUCGACACCCGAGCUCGGUCCAAAUUUUCGACAACAGCAUUCGUCAGCGGUUGUUGCCUCCUACUUCGACGAAGUGUCCUACUCGUAUCAUCUACGAUAGCUUCUUCUACGUUUUCCUCCAAACUUUUUGUUUUUUUCUCAACUUUAUUUUCGUCACACUGCUUGCGGACCAAGGGCACACUACUUGCGAAGCUGUUGGGAAACUCAAUAAGAAUUUUUCUAGCAUUCGUUAGCGGUUGUUGCCUCCAACUUCGACGAAGUGCCCUAUUCGUAUCAUCUACGAUAGCUUCUCCUACGUUUUCCUCCAAUCUUCUUGUUUUUUCUCAACUUUAUUUUCGUCACAUUGCUUGCGGACCAAGGGCACACUGCUUGCGAAGCUGUUGGGAAACUCAAUAGGAAUUUUUCUAGCCACCUGUUGGCUCCAGAACUCGUGCCGGGCAAAAUCGUUAAGAAGAUUCUCCGCGAUGUGAUUCACGCUAAUAUUGAAAAACUGAUCAAAAUGCUUCUUUCUUAUCUUCACUUCCGGCAAUGCUGCUGAUUUUUUCUUCAAAAAUGCCUUCCGCUGCCAACCUCCGACAAGCUUGGAAAUCCGGCGAACAACGUUCCUUUUGAGCUGGUGCGGGAGACCAGCUUGAUUCCAAACCGCCACAGCUUCGGUUGCCACGUUUUGAACACUUUGACCAACUGAAUGAUUUUGAUUCUCAUGCUGGUACCGAAAGUAGUUGAUGAUUUCCAUUUCUGACCGCAAAUGAUUUCUGGGUAGGCUCUUCCUCGCUAUCCCAGUUAUGAUAUCCGACUUGAGAUUCAAUUUUGGCGACAUAAUGUUUUUUUUUCGUUCUGCGUUCAACGACAAACGACCGAAAACUGAUGAAAUGUUCAGUGGUUUUUCUCUUAUAUAGCCUUGAAUGAAAUUCCAGAAGCUUCGAACCACUUGAAACUAAGGAUGUUACUAAGCAACAGUCCAAUAAACAUUAUUUUACAUCUUACUAGAUCAUUUGAACUCGACCAAUUUGUCGUCAGAUAACUCAGUUUUGUUUUUAUUCGUUAGUAAUUAAAAUAUAAACGAUACAUUCCACAGUAAAUCACGAAUAACUUAAAAUGACGUUUCUUUAGACUCAUACUGUCUUCGGCAAACUGUUUCCUCGUAAAAUUUCCCAUAUUUUAACAAUAUUGAGCUGGUUAUAGCUUUGGGUUCAAUACCCACUUUUGACGAUCGAAUGUCGUAGUGUGCUUGAAAAAUCACUUUUCCGAAGGGCAAAAAAUUUACAGCAAAACUAAUUGACUAUGAACCAACCGAAACCAUUUUUUUCCUAAUAUUUUGGACCCUAAGGAACCUGUAAAAAAUAUAAAAGGAGUAGGUUUCAUGGAAAGUUAAAUGACAAGACAUGUUUUUUGGAUAUGACACAAAAAACCCGAUUUUUUUUUAAAAAUCGUCGGGGCCAGUUGAAAACAUCAUUUUUCAGAGGUGCUGCCGAACUAAAAAAUGUGCGUAACACCAUUUUCUAUCAUUUGGAGGGUGAGCCCCCAGAAUUUCUGACUUGGUGCAAUUCUGGGACACCCUAGUAGUCAUAUGCAGCUGCACCACCCCAAAGAACUGCGUGCUGCGGAAUCCGGAGCUUCACUGUCGUUGUCGGAUUCAAGUAAGAGCGACGAACUGCAAGUUGGAAGCCACAACAACAAGUAAGAGUUUUUUUGCCAAUCAAAUCAAAUUCAUGCAUAACAUUGGUCAACACAGGUGCACUCUUAAAGCUCAAACCGAAAGAUUAUAGCCUUUCCUGUGAAUUUUGGUGUCCCUAGCUAUUACCGUUUUUUUCAGAGAUUCAAAUGAGUUUUCUCGCAAAAAACAAUAUAACACGCCAGCAUGUAGAGCUAAUAGCGGUCUCGAUCAACUGUAUUAAUUGAGAGAAUUCGUUACCGAAAUUGUUUUUAGCACAUUUUGCAUAUGUAGGAUAAGUACAACGAUACCCCGUGCCCCAGCGAUAAGAGAAAAUUUCCAGCUCGAGAAGAUCCUCGACCUGAUCGGGAAUUGAACCCGAUAUUACUUCCGUGUGGGAGAGCUAGCCGAUCGACAUCACUAACCACAGAGCCACGGGAACAGUUUCAUCGUAAACAACGUUAAAGCGACGAACCCGGCAAGCAAUUUUUAUACGACACUCUCACGUAAGUUAACGCACCAAAAUUCGCAGGAAUGGUUGAAUAGCUAUAAUCUUUCAUUUUUUCCGCUUUGAGCUUUUGAAAUGCACUAUUUUUCGUUUUGUCGACCAGAUUAAAAUCUUUCUAAGUAUACUAAGAUCUUUUUCUACGUGCUUUAUUUUUACGCGCUUUUCUUUCUAACGCGCUACGUAUCCCCCCGCCCUUAGAGUAGUUAUAUAUAUUUUUUUCAUCUACUAUCAAACUGAAGACAUUAAAUAAAAUGUACUUAUAAAAAAUAAACAUUUUAUUUUCAGAAUUGAUUCAAUAGUAAAUAAACAAAACCGCCAACUUUCAUUGCGUAAAGUCAUAUCAAAGUAGCUAUGGUACCACUAAGUUGAAUAUCGAUGUGUUAAUAAAUGUUUCCCAUCCCUAAUUUUCACUUUCUUUGUCAAGUCGUUGCCGUGUCAAAAUGAUCACCAACUUGACCUUGACAUUGGUAAUAUAGUUUUAACUGUUAUUGAUGUUGCUGUAAAAGUGAGGGUAACUUGCUGAAGCUAAUAAAUGUUCAAUGCAAGAGAUUCUAAAAGUUAUACAGCGCUCUUCGACUCGAUAUUAAAAAAGAAAUGCUAUUUAUGCAUUAGUUUAAGUUUUCGUACAAAAAUUAUAGACCCUUAUUUUUUUUCUUUUAUAGCUUUUGAGCAAAUGUUUUCUUAAGACAUUUUUAUUGACGAUGAUCGAUUAUCCUGAUUAAGACUAGCUGACAUUUUGCAUCAGAUAUGCUUAUAAUUUUUAACUAUCGAGGCUUUGAAUUCAUGGAACUCUGCCAUUUUCUUUAUUUGAUAGAUAAUUUUUAAUUAUCGAGCUUAGAUAAUUUUAAAUUAUCGAGGCUUUGAAUUCAUGGAACUCUGCCAUUUUCUUUAUUUGAAAGAUAAUUUUUACGCUGAUAAGUAAGAAUUGUAUACAAAGUAAAUAAGUUCAAAUAGGUUAACUCAUCUUCGGGCUUUAUACGAUACAAAUCACGCUCAAAAACAAUUAACGUUUGUUCAAAAAUAACAAACCAAUCAAAUAAUUCCCAGUUUACUAUCAGUGUCGCGAGAUAGAAUUGUAGUGUCUAGUUUUAUUAUCGACUAUGCCAGUUCGAACAUCUUUGAAUUCGUGUAUUUAAUUUAAUAUUGUCUGUCAUUUUGAAUAUUCUUACUAAUUUAUUUAACUUCAUACUGUUAUUUAAGUUAAACUAUUUUAAUUACGGUAUAUUGUACUACAGACUAACAGACAUAACACUUCGAACAAUAAAAUCAUCGUUCGGAUUAUACCAGUACUCUACGAUAGUAACACUAGCUCUGCUGCCGUGUUCGCGCUGCGGAAGGCGCUACCUCCUUCCUUAUUGUGGGUUUCGUGCGGCACUGGCACAGCUCGAGGUUCGUGGUUCCAAGAAAGGCGGGAUUGAAAAAUUAGCGAGAAUUGUCUUUACCGCAUCCACGAGGACUAUUAGCAAGUUAGAACUUCUUUUUAGCAUCUAUAAAGCAUGUUUUCCAUUUGAAUUCGAAUUUGAACACAUCAGCUGGAUUCUUUGUGAAAUAAAACUUGACCGUAAGUGGCAUCGUUUUACAUAGAAAGUUCGAAAUGGGAAAAUUUUGAAUUGUGCCGGUGUUGCACGAAAUCGACAAUAUUCGCGCCUGACUUUAAAGACGUGGCCGGCACCGUUGUGGAUAUGGAAGGUCGGGUCAUUUAAUGAUGCACAGUGAGAAGGAAUUACCACUCCCAGUCGUUCUUUCAGUUGAUUCAUUGUGCAUCUUGAGUGGCUCGGACUCAUCGCGGAGUGGCGACCAUCGAUGUGUGCAGUCUAAGCUAAGCUAGAUGCACCAAGCUUUGCCAUUUUUCUAUCUUUCCAACAGGAUCACACCCAUUAUAAGGUAAUGAGUAACUCAUUUUAGUAAUGAGCCAACAUUACGCAUAGUAUGCCUCGAAUUCAUCAUCUACCACGGUUUUGCACGGUCAGACGGUCAGGCGUCAAGUAGGGUUUUAUCAGCAAAACAUGUUCUCAUCUCGAGAGCAAUGGUGUGGUUAGUGGAAGUUGGGAGUAUGGUGCAGUGUUAAUACAUGAAAUCUUCAUGUAUUAAUAUUCACACGAAAUCUUCAUAUAUUAAUAUUCACAUUUUUGAUUUUUCUAGCUUUUGGGCUGUUUAUGUUUUGUAUACUAUGUUCCAAUAAUGACUAGGUCGGCAUUUUGUUAACAAACUUAAGACCAUGUAUUGGUCAAUAUGGAAAUUUAUAUUUUCAAAUUAUUAAGGCUUUGUAUGCAUGAAACUUUGCCAAUUUUUCUAUUUAUUAGGCAACAUUCGCAUCGACAACCAAGAGAGAAUCGGCGUGAAAUGUCGUGUCCCCGAUUGUCUGCGUCGGUAGGAGGGAAUAGAGCAGUCGUGCAUAGUGCUUCGAUGUAAACCGCGUUUCUGGCUCGGGAGAAUUUCACUUAUAUGAACGUUUUCAGAAUAUAGUGAUUUCGAAGGCUAUGCCCAGAUACUUGUUUAAGUUUCACUGUGACUGUUUAACCGAUGAUUUCGUCCGGUCGAUAAAUAUCGCGAUUAACGAAAACGCGAUGUAUACCCUCCAAAGAAUCGCGUAGGCGGACGUGCAUUCGUUUCUUUGAGAGUACUCGGGAUUGACAAAUAGCUGAUGGCUACGAGUAGCAAAGACUACAUCGUGGGCGUUGUACGCAGAGGAUCGCGACGUUUUGCAAGAAAUAUACUCAUGGUUCGUUUUCGUAAUAAGCGUGCAACAUUGUUAUAUUCUGUUUUUCAGGCGUGUUUUUCGCGGGAACGUAUCGAUUUUUUAGAGCAGACAAAGUGUAUACGAGAAACGUCGUUGAUCGAUCUGUUAUGUACAAAUCAACCGGACGAUCGAACCCCUAGAGACUCCACGUCGACACCUUCUUGAGGUCGAAUUAUCUACAGAUAGAUCAACAACGCGCAAUUGAUUUCCAGUAUUCUCUCGUACGAUUUAUUGUUGCGGUGUUACAUUGUCAAACUGAAUAAGUUCGAAUCGCAUUAUGGAUAUCGUGGCGGAUAUAAUGAACCUGUUCGCGCGAUACUUGUUCUAAAGAACCCGACACUCGAAAACAGCGCAUCGUUUACCAAUACGAAUCCUGCUGUGUACCUUGCCCUUUCUCCAACAUCCCAGUGAUUUCUCGUGGAAGUGCAGAGGUGUUCUCGGCUUCCAAUAAGCGAGUAUCACGUCAACAUUUUCCUAUACAAAUUCCUUUUUUGACCUGCAUUCGGAUGCGGCCGGCGCUGGUAUUGCCUAAUACAAAGAUUAAGGUCGCCAGUUUUUACACAUUGAGGAUGUAUGUUGGUCCCAAGCAUCAUCCGUUGGUUCUCUGUGUAAUUACAGCUGAUCUGGCAAUAACGGAGUAGCAACCGCGGGCGGUCAAUCAUGCUCAUGCUCAUGCUCAAAACCGCCAACUUUCAUUGCGGAAGUACAUAAAACGCAGUGGAGCUGCGUAUAUUUCGUCGUCUAACAAAAAGUUGGAGUUGGACAGGGCACUGACUAGGUUUAUAAUUAAAGAUAUUCAACCAUUGUCUAUUGUUGACGACACAGGGUUUGCCGACUUUGUUCGAACCCUCGAUCCCCGUUAUCCGAUGCCCAGCAGAAGGCAUCUUCGGGAUGUAUUACUCGAUAAAGCUUACAACAAUACUGUAGGACACAUUUACGAUAUUUUGAGGCCUAUCAAAUUCAUUGCAAUAACCUUCGAUGGCUGGACGAGCCGUACAACGCAGAGCUACUUGGUUAUUACGGCUCAUUUUUUGCUGGACAGUGGGCUAGCAGUUGUGACUCUAGCUGUUCAACCAAUACAAUCACGGGCAACCAGCAAAAAUUUGAAAGCUUUGGUUAACAGCGUUCUCAGUAAGUUUCCUGGUGUCAGCGUUAUGUGCGCGGUAACGGACUGUGGAUCGAAUAUGAUACAGACAUGUGAAUUGCUAAAGAUGAGGAAUAUGCCAUGUGCUGCGCAUAAGAUACGGCGCAUCGUUGUGAUUGCCAUUGCGAAAACGGAAUCGUUUUUAGAUGCAAAGAAGGAAGAAAAUUUGCUCGAAGUUCUUUUUUCGAUGACGAAUAUGACGCCAUAACGCAUAAUGAGUCUGUGUCAGUGUAUGCUGUGAUUGCAAAACUUAAAAAAAUUGCCACUUUUUUCCACCAUAGUUCGUCUGCCAAUAGGCUUCUCGAACAGGAAAUGGCGAAGAGAGGACAACAGCCAAUGAAAUUGAUGCAGCCGUGUAAAACACGCUGGAACUCAUUAUUCUAUUUGCUUGAAAGCGCACAAAAAAUUGGAGAUCCAUUAUAUCAAGUACUUUACCAAUGUGACAAAUGGGAGCUAAAACUCAAUCCGGCGGAAGAGCAUUUGAUACCCCAAAUAUUACGUAUUUUGAAGCCUUUCGUUACGGCAACGACAAAAUUGAGUGGAGACUCGUACCCCACUAUCAAUUUGGUUAUUCCAACUACAAAGCAAAUUUUGGUGGAUCUAGAGAAUUUGCAGCGAACCGAAGAAAAUGACCUGUUUGAAGCAGGAGACACGAUUAAAGUUACGGGAGACGAAUGUGUCAAAAUUGAAAGUCGAGACGCGCUUCGAUUUUUGGAAGACAUACAAACUCUAACUAAAGAGCGAAUGAUGGAGUAUGAAAUACGCACAAUCACUGGAAUCAGCACGAUACUAGACCCAAGGUUUAAGAAACAUGCGUUCGUUUCAGAGGGGAACUAUAGGACAAUGGCAGAACGAUUAAAAGAAGAGCUAAAAGCAGAAAUUGUUGCGGCUAAUACUCGAAUGCGUGCAGAGCGAUCUGAUAUUUCAAUAUCUCGCCCCACUAAGAAAGGCGAAUAUACAUUUUUAGAUGAGGUGAGAACCCGAACAUAUACCGAUUCCACUAUACACACCACUGCCCAGGCAAUUGUGCACCUAAAUAACUAUAUGAAAGAACCCUUACUGGGAGAACAAGAUGACGUUCUUGCGUAUUGGACAAAUUAUAAAGCUUGCGAUCCUUUGCGUGACAUUGUCUUGAGAUAUUUGAUUGUCCCUGCAUCAUCCGUUCCUUCUGAAAGAGUCAACUCAACUGCUGGGAACACGAUCACUGACAAACGUGCUAGGCUGUCGCCAAGCUUGGCGGAACGGUUAAUAUUUCUAAACGAAAAUUUCAAGUUUUUAAAGUUGUAGAAGCAUGAUCAGUCAAAAUUGCGCUGGUUUUAAUUUUAAUAUGUUAAGAAAAUCAAAUUUUCUUUUAAAUAAACAACCUUGUUAUGUCUUUCA